AUGGAUCGCGGGUGGUGCAGGAGCUUGCGAGUCGCCGUGGGCCUGGCGCUCGUGCUGGGCUGUGGAUCAGUGGCGUCAGCUUUGAGCCUGUUGGAUGAUCGCAUUUGGGGUGGCAACACCCACUUUACCGACGAGCAGCCUGGUGAACUCGCGCAGCUGGCCCCCGUGUUCAAGAUUGUGCGCACGGACUUUGUUUGGGCCAGGGUCGAGCAUGAGAGGGGCGUCUAUGACUUUGCAGCGUACGAUCGCUUGCUCAACUCCACGAGCGCGCAUGACAUUCGAAACUACUGGAUCCUCGACUACGGCAAUCCACUCUACUGUAAUGGAACUGACGCGCCCGCCACGCCCGAAGCCAUCGCGGCCUUUGUAAACUACUCCAUCGCCGCAAUGCAGCGCUAUGCCACACAUGACAUCAUUUUUGAGCUCUACAACGAGCCCGAUCUUCCCAAAACCUCGAGUGGUCUGACAAAAGCCACUGUCCUGCGUCCCGGCCAUCAAUUGGGAGCUUGGUAUCCGGUGCCAAAUGCCACUGCCUACAUGGACUUGUAUCAAGCCCUGGUUGAGGCCAUGCAGAGCAAAGGACUGCUCGGGAAAGUGCCUUUAGUGGCUCCAGCAUCGUCGCAGGCUGCAAAUGAAUUCCUCGUCACUUGCUUUGAGCGGGGCAUGCUUGAGACGGUGGACGGAGUCUCCGUCCAUCCUUACCGCUCUGAUAUCCCCGAAACCGUCCUUAAUGACUAUGCUACUUUGCGUGGACUGAUCGCCAAGUACACAAACCGUACUGUCCCCAUUGUUUCGGGGGAGUGGGGCUACAACACGUGCUUUGAUGCCAACGGACCGUGCCCUUGCUACGAGGCUCAUAACGCACCACAUACGACGACUCAGGAGCAAGCACAAUUUUUGCCACGCAUGUGGCUGUUGAACAUCAUGGCUGGAGUGCCCAUUUCCAUCUUUUACGAGUGGCGCAAUGGCGGCGUCAACGGCACGGCUGGCGAAGAAAAUUUUGGAGUUGUGCAAUACGAAUAUCAAAACGCCAGCGUGCCAUUCGAGCCAAAGCCCGCCUAUGCUUCAGCUCGUACCAUUCAGGCACAACUCAACCCCGCCACCGACAUCUUUUCUGGCCGACUGACUGCCACGAACACGACCUCUGCCGACCCAGAUGAUGACAUCUUUGUCCUGUCCUUCACCAACAACUCGAAGCUAGCCAUGUGGAAGGUGGACGGCACCGCGUCUUGCAGCCUUACACCACGCUAUUACCAAGAUUGCGGGUAUGAUGGCAUCACGGAAGAUGAGUGCUUGCAACGAAGCUGCUGCUGGAACCCCACAAGCCAUGGCAUCCCAGAGUGUUCCAUUCCACCCAUCAGUAAUUACACUGGACCAGUCUCCUUUACAGUCGGAGCUGCUGCCACCUUUUCAAGAGUUGACAUGAACGGCCACCAACUGAACCCCAUCACCUCUGAUGCCGAGGGCCGCGUGACGGCAAUGAUCGACAACGAACCCCAGUACUGGACUCGCAACUAG